AUGGACGGGCAUAUUAAAUGGAAAAGUAAUUGGGCCCCCGAGAUACAAGGAUACUUACAUGGAAAUAGUUAUUUGAACUUUUUACAAAACGACUUGCCAGAAUUAUUAGAAUACUUGCCUUUGCGUGACUUACAAAACAUGUGGUUUCAAAAUGAUGGUUGCCCAGCUCACUAUGCUCGUCUUGUGCGAGAAUAUUUAAACCAAGAGUACCCAGGACGUUGGAUCGGGCGACUUGGUCCUAUCUUAUGGCCACCCCGUUCACCCGACCUAAACCCCCUGGACUUCUUUUACUGGGGUUAUCUCAAAGACAGGGUUUACUCAAAACCCAUUUCAACAUUGGAUGAGCUUCGCCAAAAUAUCACUCAGGCGACGGAUCAUAUCAAUGGUAGAAGAUAUGCACGACGAAUAAAAAGAUCCUUUUUAAGGCGAUGCCAUGCCUGUAUUAAUGCCGGUGGUCAACAAUUCGAACAUUUACUGUAA